UGCUUCUUACUCACUCUCGUCCGGUGUCGCUGGAUCUUAAGAUUCCCAGUUGUAGACGAAGAGAAGAGAAGAGAAUGACAGUCUUUCACUUCUUCAAUUGCGCCAUUCUGACCUUCGGUCCUCAUGCCGUAUACUAUUCCGCAACGCCCCUAUCAGAAUAUGAUACACUUGGUACUUCUGUCAAGUCUGCUCUUGUUUAUCUUGGAACAGCUUUGGUAAAGCUUAUUUGUUUGGCAACCUUUCUGAAGGUAUCUGAGAAUGACAGCUAUGAUCCCUAUCAGGAAUUGUUAAAGGCGAUGAUAGGUUUUAUAGAUGUAGCUGGGCUUUAUUUUGCCUUAACACAGUUGACCCACAGGAACAUCUCCCAGAAUCAUAAAUUUCAAGCAGUUGGAUUAGGGUGGGCUUUUGCUGAUUCUGUUCUACACAGAUUGGCACCUCUUUGGGUGGGUGCAAGAGGUCUAGAAUUUACUUGGGACUACAUUUUGCAAGGCCUUGAAGCAAAUGCUAAUUUGGUGUUGAGUAUAUCCCUUGCAGCACUAGGAUCUUUGAUGUGGCUCCGGAAGAACAAACCUAAGACUUCGAUUCCUAUUAUAUACUUGUGUGCUGGGAUUGUUGCAACAAUGCCAUCCAUUACAAGCUAUCUAAGGCGAGGUUUGGGAUGGCAUUUCCCAGAGGUGGUGGGCUUUGAGCUGUUCACUUCUCUGAUGAUGGCUUUUACUAGUUGGCAACUAUUUGCUGCAUGUCAGAGACCCUCUUCCUGAGUUGCCAACAGAGCAUCAAUUGCAGGGCAGCUUCUGCAGAAGGGUUCUGAGAGCUUUCUUAAUUAUCUUGCGGAGAUCUUAUCCCAUCUUCAGUUUCCUGUUAGUUUACUUGACGUCUUAUUUUUGCAUAUCGUUGAUGCAGUUAGCAUAAAUUAUCAGCUUCUUAUAUCCUUGUUAUAACCGUAUAAACUCAAAGAUGCCAUUUUCGGCAAUGUAACUCCAGAGAAUCAGUUUAAACUAGAGAAGUUUUUUUUGAAGGUUGAUAUGGAAAGCUCGUUUGUUGAACCAA